AUGUUCGCGCUCCUCGCCUCGCUCCUGCUCGCCUCGCAGGCGCACGCCCAGCUCGUCGGCGGCAGCGGGCCCUCAGCGCCCGUGCUCUCCGCCACUGCCGCGACGGGCAGCUGGGCGCCCGCUGCCACGGCCGCGUCGCCCAAGCCGGCGCUCGACGGCACGGGCCGCCAGCUCUACAUCAACUCGGCAAACGACUUCUGCCUCCUCAUGCCGCCGGACCCGACGACGCAGAACCUCGUCGAUGCCGAGGCCGAUGCCGUGGCGUACUGCAUCAACCCAAUGAACGGCACGCGGCCCAUGCCCGACGGCUUCAUCGUCUCGGCGCACUUCAAGAAGGCCGCCGGCUACAAGCAGAUCAUCGGCCAGUACAACCCCGCCGUGAUGAACCUCGGCAGCGGCGCCAGCCCCGACUGUGGCGGCGAGUACGACAGCUACGGCGCGCAGGGCGUCGGCAACCCCGUCGGCGCGGCCGUGACGGGCGCGGUGGACUACCAGCAGUUCCUCGGCGGCUGCGACAUCCCGGGCAAGUACACCUUUGCGCUGCGUGCCUGCACGGACGAGAACACACACGGCGCCCUGUGUGACCACACCUACGACCUCAUGGGCAUGCUCUACACGCAGCCCAGCAACUACGAGGACGCUGGCUUCGACGACUGCGAGGUGACGGACACGACGCCGCUCUCGGUGCUGCCCAACGGCAGCACCUUCCGCCAGGGCGAUAGCACCACUCCGCUGCCCUCGGCGUACCGGCAGGCGCCGAGCAGCAGCAACUGCGUGGCGAAGCAGAGCCCGGCGCCCAGCGGCGUCACGUACACCUGGAACCAGGCGGCCGCACAGCAGACCACCGGCGCCUCGUCCUCGUCGCGCGGCGGAAGCUCCGGCUCGAGCAGCAGGCCCGCAGCCACCUCCUCGGGCUCCUCGGGCAGCACCGGCGGCGCCGCCGCUGGCGCAGUGCCGGCUGCCGGUCUGGCGCUCGGCGCGUGUGCUGCGGCCGCCAUGAUGGGCGCCAUGCUGCUGUAGACGUGUGCACGCAUUGCUGCCCCUCCUUCGCCUCGCUCGAGAAAAGCACUGUUUGUGGUGGGCUGCUCCAGCCCAUCACGUCUCACGACUCCCUUUCCACUCUAGCACGCCUGUUUGACGCCCUCACCUGACGCUGCUAAUUGAUGCGUCUCUGCUGC